CUUUAUGAAAUGAUCUUGAUGUUAAAUACUAUAACUGAACCUAAUGAUGAAUAUCUUAUUUAUGAUGAUGAAAACAUUUCUACUUCAAUUUUAUCAUAUAUUCUUUCUAUUUUAACUCUAUCACAAGUGUCU